CAGUACGGUAAGGUUUCUGUUUUGUUGUUGCAGGACGGCAACCCAACAUUUAGAUUAGUUGUGUCGCUCUGAAUGGAUUAAAUGGACUGUUAUUCUUCAGGGAAGCUUUGCAUUUUUUAAAGUUUGACUUUACUUUCACAGAACUUUUUUCCGUCUUUCGAUCUCAACGAUGUUUCAGCAGGUUAUAAAGAACUUCAACAUCCAUUUUAACCCCUUAAAUGAGCAGAACACUAUUAGCGGUGGGGACCUGGUGACUGGACACAUCUCCUUUGAGCUCACAAAGGAGACAAAGAUCACAUCGAUAACUAUGGCUGUGAGAGGAAAGGCGCAUGUCCACUGGUCGAGGGGUGGAGGAGGAAAACGGAGUCGGAGGCGGCAUUACUCUGCUAAAUUGGAGUUCUUUAACUUGCAAGGCUAUAUCAUGCAAGACGGGAAUGUUUCUGGGGGGACAACUAAACUACAGCCUGGCACGCAUAUGUUCCCAUUUUCAUGUCAGCUACCUCAGGGAGACUUCCCAUCCACCUUCCAUGGGCCUCAUGGACAUAUCGCUUACACCUUGACAGUGGGCAUCAACAGGCCGUGGCACUUGUGCAAAGAUUUUGUGGCUCAGCUGAACUUUGUAAACCGUUUUGAUACCAACCAGCCAUUGCUGGGGGCACCUCUUUCUGGCUCCAACAGUAAGACAGUCUGCUGCCUCUGUUGUGUCUCGGGUCCAGUCACCAUGACAGUCAGUACUGAGAAAAAAGCCUUCACCCCAGGGGAAACUCUGAAAUUAAUUUGCGACUUCAGCAAUGCAUCAACUCGAACAAUUACUCCAAAGAUAAAACUGCAACAGCGACAGGUUUACUACACCAUCAGCAGGAACAGCAGAACAAUGGUUUUCAAAAAGUUAGAGUUUAUCACUGGACAUCCCAUCAACCCUCACACCUCUUUUGUGCGCAAUGAAAUCCUGCUCACCAUCCCCACUUCUGCAUCGCCCUCAAUCUCCAACUGCAGCAUCCUGGAAGUUGAAUACUUCAUUGAGGUGCGCCUCUGUGCAAGUUUUUCCUCUGACCUCACUGUGUUGAUUCCCAUCAUUAUCUGCAACACCUUUAUAAGCCCUCAACCACCAGCUUAUAUGUGAAUAUCUACAAGGUAUGUUGGACUUUCAGAUCUCUGUGGACAUUAGCACACCCUACACCAUCUCCACUCCUACCUGACCCUUUCUUCAGUGCAGCUGUUUGACUGCUCUCCAUUCACACAAACCAUCUGAAGUUGAAGUAUUGUAGACAAAAAUGUAUCUCAUUCAGUCUUAGAAGUCUGUUAGUUCUCCUUUAUUUGUAUUUUUGUGGCAGAACUCUUCCAUUGUGCCUCUACAAACAUCCCUCAGCUGGAGGGGUUUACAGGAAAAAAGCCAUGCAUUAGGACACACUCACAGCAGUUCCAGUUGUCCCAUACUGUGCAGAGACAAGAUUUUCCCCCCUCCCCAGUCCCCCUCUGGCUUGCACUCAGAUUAAACCAAGGUCUGAUCAUGGCUGCCUCUUGUACAUACAUCACCACAUUGUAAUAAAAAAAACACAUGCAUGGCUUUAGAAGCAUAAUCUCAGAGUCAGCACAACACAGAACAACACAGAGAACAUAACUUUUCUUACAUAGUGGCUCAUUUUGGGUUGUUUGGGUCGUAUAUGGCCUUCUAACAAUUGUAUGUCAAGUCCAUGUUUCUCAUCUGUGCCUUUGUUAAAGUAAGAGCAACCCAACUGUGCUGAAGCACCCCUCUUCCACCUGUGCCAGGACUAAGAAAGUAUACUAGAGCAUGGUACAGAGCUCACACUAGUAAAUCAAACAAGACUUUGGUGUCAAACAAGCUCUGGAAGGAAAUGUUGUCCCAUCAGUGUGAACUCAGGGCUGGGAACAACAAACCCAGGGGGAGUUUGACUUCACUCUUUGAUAGAAAGCCAUCAAUGAUAUAUUUAGUUGGGAUAUUAUUGACAUGUUGCUUUUUAUGCAUUUCAAGUUGUUUACACAUACCUAAUAUUACAUGUGUGUGAUUUUUUUGUAUGUUUUAUUGGCAGACUUGUUUUAGAAGAGCUUUAGAUCUCAGGAUUUUAAAAAGAGGGCCAUUGCCACUAAAGACAAUAUAUCUUAAGCUCAGUAAACAGUUUGUUACUUUCAAGAUAAUUUUAGGUCUUGUAUACUUUUAAAAUGUUUUCUCUGUUACUCAUGUCAACUUCAACUGCUUACAACUUUCUGCCUCUACUUUUUUAAUGUUGCCACUCCAGUAUUUUGUAUAUUUUGUGUAUCUAUUACUAUGGUGGACAGCAUCAUUUCUCUGCUAUUACUGACCCUCAAUGGUAUCAGUUUUAGCCCCUUUAUUGACACUCCCCUUGUACCCUUGAAAUGCUUAGACUUCUAUCAGACCUCAGGCCUUUUCUUAACAACUGUACAUUUAUAAGAGCCUUUUGAAAUCACACCAGUGCUCGUUGUCAGACUGAGUGGAGACAUUUUUACACUAGAGAUUGCAUCCAGGACAACAUACCUGCCAUAGUUAAAAAGGUGAAAGAUACACUAGUACUUGUAUGUGACUUGUUGGUAUAAAUCAUAAAAUAAGCCAAAGACACAAAGCCUGCCUUUAACUACAGUACCUUAUUGUAUUUUGUUUAUUGUUUGUUUUCAGUAUGAAGAAUGUCUGUUCAACUUUUAACAGAUAUUGGGAUACCUACUCAGUGUCAGCAUACAGGUGAAUCAUUAAACAAUUAGUAUAUCAUGGAAGUUUUUAUUUCCCUGUACUUUGAUUAGAAAAAGUCAAACUUCCAUGUAUUCUAGAUUAAUCUCAUACUCAGUGAAACAUUUCAAGACUUUUUAAAAUCAGUUAUCUUGAUAACAGCUUACAUCUCAUAAAAAUAAAAAAUGUACUAUGUCACAAAUAAGAAUAUUCCAGUCCAAUCAGAUUUCCUGUGACUUAAUUCUGUGACUCGUUCAGUUCACACAACCACAAUUAUGGGAAGACUGCUCACUUGCCUGUUGCUAAGAAGACAAACAGUGACACCCUUCACAGGAAGGGUAAGCCAGGAUUGUUAAACAAAGCAGAUUUAAGAACUUAGGGGAGCUUCACAAGGAGUGGACUGAGUCAGUGGAUCAAGAGCCACCACCUUCUCCAGCAGCAUUUGGCACCUGGCCACAGUGAAGCCAACACUACCAGAAACUGGUUUGCUGACUGUGGUAUUACUGUUUGAUUGGCCAGCCAACUGGUCUGACCUGAACCCCAAAGAGAAUCUCUGGGGAAAUAUCAAGGAGAGAUGAGAGACACCAGACUCAAUAAUACAGAUGAGCUGAAGGCUGCUAUCAGAGCAACCUGUGCGUCAUAACACCCCAGCUGUGCCACAGACUGAGUGGCUCCUUACCAUGUCACAGAGAUGCAAUAAUUUGUGCAAAAGAAACUCCAACCAAUUACUGAGUGCAUCAAUGAGCAUAAUUUUCCAGAACGUCAACAUUUCUGUAUAAAUCCUUCACUUUGAAUGAGAUGUAACUACAAUAUAUGGAAGUUUAAUUUUAUAAAUUAAAUCACAGGGAAAAACAAUACAGUUUUAUGAUAUUCCAUUUUUGAGAUGCACCUGUACUGUUGAAUAGACUGGAACAUAGUGGAGAGGUGUGUUUAAUUUGACUGUUUCUCCUAUUUAAUGUAACACAACAUAUUACAUAUUACUCAUAAAAUGUUAUACAUCUAUAUUGUGUCAUUAAAAUGUAAUUCCAGUAUCCACUUUUAAAGUAUUCCUGCUUUUAUGAAGGAAAAAUACUUUUCGUUUGUGAAAAAAAUCAGUCUAAACUUACAACCAGGUCUCUGUUAUUCUUUAAAUAUUGACAUAUUGAUGUACUGUACAUGCAUAAAGAAAAUAUAUGGGUUAAAAUCUAUUUCAAAUGUUCUGAUGUACGUAUGUUUCCAGUUUUUUUAUUAUUAUUAUUUGUCAUUGUAUGUUGUUUGUUGGACUGCUGUGUCAAGUGUCAUAUUAUUUUUUAUAAGUAAACUGGAUGUAGAGUAAGUAAUGCAGUCUAUAAAUUUGACUGUAAAUUUGGGGUUGAUCGAUUAUCUGCCUGACCUCUUAUUGAGGAUGACAUUGACAUUGGGCUAAUAAUCUUUAUCAGCAUUUUAUUUUACUUACAAUCUAUAAAAUUAAUUAAUUUAAAAGUGCACCACUUUGGCUACACUGUGAGACAUGUCUUCCCCCCUGCCACUGUAUUUACUCUCCAAGGUCUCACCUAAUGUCCCGCCCACAGCACUAUCUGAUUGGGCUUGUGUCACACAUGUACCAGUCAAUCAAGGCUGAAGCCUGGGUGCCACUGACACAGUGAGCUUAUGGUACUUCCCAUUUUCCUGCUCCUACUGUGUUGCUCCAUACCAUUUCUCGUGUCGACAGAGCUAUUGCUACAUUCUUUUCCUUUGUUUUUGUUGAUCAUGCAGUUUUGCUUUUUUCACACUAAGAACGUUUUAUUUGCCACAAUAAAUCAAUCUUUUCAAGGGACUAUACCACAAAUAAAUUUACUGAAUUGUUCAGCCUAAUUCAGGGUCAAAAGCUUAAAUUCUGAGAGGAAAGGCUCCUCUUUGAUUGACCAUUGGCACCCACCCACAGUAAGCCAGCGUGUUCAUGCUCACAAAUGUAAGAUGGUUGACUUUCUUUAAAUGGUUUCAAGUAUCUCUGUACAUCUUACCUUUUCCUCUUACAUUUUAUGACUCCUGUUUUCACAUAACCUAAGAUCACUCCUUUAAUGUAACUCAUUGGAAAUCAGAUAUAUGAUGUCUUGUCAAGUAUAUGAAAUCAACAGUUCUGUGGCUUUUGUCACAUUUACUUUGAUUUAGCACCAUGACAGCCUUUUCUUGGGCUGAUUGAUGCCCAAAGAUGUUUUGCUACCACUAAUAUUAAACAUUCAUGUUUGAUUUUCAAAUGGGGUGCAAUACAUGU